AUGCCCUUCAAACUCUCGAAGAAAGAAACGAACGAGGAUUAUGAAGAGGGAGAAAAUGUGGUCUAUAUUCCGAUAGACAAAACCCCUCGUUCAGCCGUUGGAACAAUUGAGGAGGUGUUGACUGGGGAGACGCCCGUGCAGAGUGCAACUUCAAGAACAGGCGAAGUCACAAUUCAUGCGAGUGAAGACGAGCCUCGUUAUGUGAUCCGAAAUCUGAAAACCGGCAAAUCGACAGCUUACAAACGCUACAAUAUCAUGGGUGAAGCUUCGCAGGACGAGGUCGAGACCGGACAUUCCGAUUUCUCGUUGGAUCAAGACACGAGCCCCCAUGCGGAGGGACCUCAUCACGGUGUUCCCAUUCAA